AUGGGGCAAUGGCUGUCAUGGUUCUUUGGUCGUCAGGACAAAACCAAUACAAAUAACGAUGAAAAGUGUAUUAAAUCGAAACCGACUUACGUGACGGAUGAUGGAAACAGCACAUCUAAAUCAGGAGAGCAGAUACAGCAGACUGAGUACAGGAUUACUGUCACAACUAUGGACCGGAAAGGUGCGGGAACCAACGCGAACGUGAUGUGUGUCCUUCACAACGAUCAGGGUCAAUCGACUGGUACGAUCGUUUUAAAUGCGUUUUUGAAAAACGAUUUUGAAAGAGGAAAUACGGACGAAUAUCAGAUAAACUCUACUCCACUAGAAAAAAUAGAUACGAUAGAGAUAUGGCGAGAUGACACGGCAUUAUCAACAAAUGAGUGGUUUUUAGAGGUUAUUAAAGUGUAUUCUAAGGCAUCCGACACAACGUAUGUGUUCCCUUUCCUACGUUGGAUCAAGGAACACUAUCGUUACAAAAUUCGUCAUCUCGAUACAUCGUUACCACAAGAUGAUCCUAACAAGGAACAAAGACGUAUGGAGCUAAAUGACAAAAAAGAGGCAUACCAAAUGGAGGUGAAGGUCCCCGGUCUCCAGAUACAGGCCAAGGAGAUCCCGGAUGACGAACAUUUUUCAUUCGAUUAUAAGUUUGACAUCCUUGCGCAGGCUGCAGGGUUGACUGUUACCGGCAAGAUUGUGGAAGUGACAAGUGGAAGAUGGGAAGACCUUGAUGACCUUUCAAACAUCUAUUUACCAACAGUCUUCACUAAACCAUCACCGCUAGCAAACAAAACCUGGGACACUGAUGAACACUUUGGCUUUCAACGAAUUGGUCGAAUCCACAAUACCCUGAUUAGUCUCUGUACUGAGAUACCAAACAAAUUGGCAGUCACUGACGAAAUGCUACAACCUUUCCUGGAGGGCCAGACUGUACAGGACGUAAUAUCACAGAAAAACCUUUUCUUUGUAGAUUUGGAACUGCAAGAUGGGAUACCGACCAAACCUGGAUUUACAGUGUGUGCCCCGAUUGCAUUAUUUUACCAUAACAAGCAGUCGAAACUGGUUCCAAUAGCGAUACAACUAAAGCAACAGCCUGCUGAUGAUAAUCCGGUUUUCCUGCCCUCCGACCCACCAUACACGUGGUUAUUCGCCAAGAUGUGGUACAACAAUGCAGACACAUGUUACCACCAGUCCGUCGCACAUCUCGGUUUCACACACUUGAUAAUGGAGGGAUGUGUCCUUGUCACCCAUAGAAAUCUUUCUCAUUCCCAUCCGAUAUUCAAAUUGUUGGCGCCGCACUUUAUCUAUCUCUUGGCAAUUAAUGGAUUAGCACUGGAAACACUAAUCAACCCGGGAGGUUCAAUAGAUAAAGUGAUGGCCAGUGGAAUUGAUGGAGUCUUCGAACUAAUCAGUCGAAAGUUGGCGGUAUGGCGGUUAGACGAGGAUGGGACACUGCCAGUACACCUAGAGAAGCGAGGGGUGCUGGACCCAUCCGUACUGUGUGGCUACCACUAUAGGGAUGACGCCUUACCGCUGUACUAUGCCAUUAAACAUUACGUCACGAAAUACGUCAGACUCUACUACGUUAGCCCUGAAACAUAUGCUGCGGAUCAUGAGAUCCAGGCCUGGGCCCAGGAACUUGUAAAACCUCGGACAGAGGGAGGAUGUGGCAUUCUGGGUGUUCCCGGCGAUGGCAGUAUCAACGGUGAACCUGAUCUUGUUACUAUACUGACCAGUAUCAUUUUUACGGUCAGUGUAAGUCAUGCUGCGGCCAACUUUGCCCAAUACGAUGUGUAUGGUUUUCCACCUAAUUACCCAAUGACUCUAGAAGGAACGCCUCCUGUAGACAAGACUCCUCUAACGGAAGCCGCCAUCAUCGAUGCUCUACCUGAUAAAAAUGCCACUUUUGAUGCGUUGACUCUUGUCAAAAUUCUUAGUGGCAUGGGAACAAACAAGCUAGGGGAUUUCGAGGUCAAAUACGUGUACGAUCCAAAGGCGGAAGAGGUCGUGAACGAAUUCCGACAGGAGCUGGAAGAGAUCAGCAAAAGAGUGGAGACAGCCGAAAAAAGUCGAGAAUUUUCCUACCCUUGGCUUAAUCCUGACAAUAUUCCUAACUCGAUCAGUAUAUAA